AUGGACUACCUAUUCAAAGAGCAUGGGAUCAAACAUGGACAUGAGGACGCCAAAUUGUUUGAUUUGAAGUUUGAUUUGGUGGUAAAGCGACUGGAGGCGGAGGAGUCCGGGGAGCCUCCAAAGUGCGACCACGAUGGUGGAUAUCUCAGCGGCAGCCAUGUCUCCGCAUCUGUAGAGUUGAGCAGUGGUAGAGUUGGAGACUGA